GAUGGUGGAGGUGCAGUGUUUGUUGAUCUCAAGGCAGUGGGUUGAUUUGUUUAUUUGGUUUUAAGGUGCUUUGUUUGUGUUGUGUGCUUUGCUUUGGGUAGUGUAGUUGUAGAAAACUAGAAGUUUAGUAGUUUACUGCUUGAGUUCAUACCAAGAAAGCUAAAAUACACACACAGAAACCAGAGAGAGGAGAGAGAGAAACCUAGAGAGAUAAAGAAACAAAGAGAGAGACAGGGGGCUGCAAAACCCAAAUGAUGCAAACCCGAGAAGAAAGGUUUGGAAAUUGAGGCAAAUGUCUACAGUGCUGCCGCCCAGCUCGAGGCAAUCCUUCCCCAUCUUCAGCACCUCCUCCUCCUCCCACUCUUCUGUUUUUCUCUGUCUCACCCUAUUUUUACUCUACGCACCCACCUUUGCUUCUGCCGCACAUCCUGAAGCCACCCUUCUCUUCUCCUGGCUCCAUUCCUCUGCUGAGCCGCCACCUUCCUUCUUCUCCAACUGGAACCUCCUCCAUCCCAAUCCAUGCAACUGGUCCUCCAUAACAUGUUCCCCUCAAGGCCACGUCACCGAAAUCACAAUCCAAUACAUCCCUCUCCAGCUUCCACUUCCAACCAGUCUCUCCUCCUUUCCCUCCCUCCGAAAACUCACCAUUUCAGGUGCCAAUCUCACCGGAACCAUCCCCGCCGACAUCGGUGAAUGCACCGAGCUGCAAGUCAUCGACCUCAGCUCAAACUGUCUGGUGGGUUCAAUCCCGCCCAGCGUUUCAAGGCUCCGAAAUCUCCAAGACUUGAUCUUGAACUCCAAUCAGCUCACUGGGAAAAUCCCAGUUGAGCUCGGCACCUGCAUUGGACUAAAAAACCUCCUUCUCUUCGACAACCAGCUAACCGGGUCGAUUACGGCGGAGCUCGGGAAGCUCACUAGCCUUGCAGUUCUGAGAGCAGGAGGUAACAAAUACAUUGGUGGGAAAAUCCCAGAGGAGCUCGGAGGCUGCAGCAAUUUGACUGUCUUGGGGUUGGCUGACACCCAAGUUUCAGGCACUUUGCCUGCCUCAUUGGGUAAGCUUAGCCAUCUCCACACCCUGUCUAUUUACACCACAAUGAUCUCCGGUGAAAUCCCACCUGAAAUAGGUAACUGCUCUGAGCUUGUCAACUUGUUUCUUUACGAAAAUAGCCUCUCCGGUUCGAUUCCACCGGAGCUUGGAAAGCUUAAGAAGCUGGAGCAGUUGUUAUUGUGGCAAAAUAGUCUUUCUGGUCCAAUCCCAGAAGAGAUUGGGAAUUGUAGCAGCUUGAGAAUGAUUGAUUUUUCUCUAAAUGCUUUGUCUGGUACUAUGCCUUUGUCUUGGGGAGGCUUAUCGAAUCUUGAGGAGUUUAUGAUUAGUGACAACAAUGUCACCGGUUCGAUCCCUUCCAACCUUUCUAAUUUGACGAACCUGAUGCAGCUGCAGCUCGACACGAAUCAGAUCUCCGGUUUGAUUCCACCGGAGAUUGGGAUGUUGUCGAAGCUGACUGUUCUUUUCGCUUGGCAAAACCAGCUUGAAGGAAGCAUUCCUUCAACUCUGGCUAGUUGUAGCAAUCUCCAAGCACUAGACUUGUCACACAAUUCGCUCACCGGCACCAUUCCUGCCGGAUUGUUUCAGCUCAAAAACCUCACAAAGCUUCUUUUGAUUUCGAAUGACAUUUCGGGUUUGAUUCCACCAAGUAUUGGCAACUGCAGCUCUCUGGUUCGGCUGCGGCUUGGGAACAACAGGAUUGCUGGUGGGAUUCCGAAAGCAAUUGGAGACCUUAGGAGCUUAAACUUUCUUGACCUGUCUGGGAACAGCCUUUCUGGGCAAGUGCCUGAUGAGAUUGGGAGUUGCACAGAGCUACAGAUGAUAGACUUGAGCAACAAUACUUUGGAAGGUCCCCUGCCUAACGCUUUGUCGUCACUAUCAGGACUUCAAGUCUUGGAUGUUUCGGUUAAUCAGUUUUCGGAGCAGAUACCAGCGAGCUUGGCUCGUCUUGUUUCGUUGAACAAGCUUAUUUUGAGCAGGAACUUGUUCUCUGGAAUGAUACCUACAUCGCUUGGCCUGUGUUCGAGUCUCCAAUUGCUUGAUCUUAGCAGCAACAAGCUCACUGGCUCAAUCCCCGUGGAGCUUGGGAGGAUUGAAGCCCUUGAAAUCGCGCUAAAUUUGAGCUGCAAUGCACUCUCAGGCCCCAUCCCACCUCAAAUAUCAGCACUCACCAAGCUUUCGAUACUAGACCUUUCACAUAACCAGCUUGAUGGGGACUUGAGUCCACUUGCAGAGCUCAAUAAUCUUGUCUCGCUUAAUGUGUCAUAUAACAAACUCAGUGGCUACCUUCCAGACAACAAGCUUUUCAGACAGUUGUUACCAAUGGAUUUGGCUGGAAACGAAGGCCUUUGCUCUUCAAAUCGCGACUCAUGCUUCCUGAGUGAUGUUGGCCGCACAGGACUAACAAGAAAUCAAAAUGAAAUAAGGCGGUCACGCAGGCUUAAGCUAGCAAUUGCAUUGCUGAUCAUCCUGACAGUUGCAAUGGUGGUUUUGGGGAUCCUUGCAGUGAUUAGAGCGCGAAGAGCUAUCAGAGAUGAUGAUGAAUCAGAAUUGGGGAACUCGUGGGCUUGGCAGUUCACUCCAUUCCAGAAGCUAAAUUUCUCGGUUGAGCAAGUGCUUAGAUGCCUGGUGGAUGUCAAUGUAAUUGGAAAAGGGUGUUCUGGGGUUGUGUAUCGUGCUGAUAUGGACAAUGGCGAAGUCAUUGCAGUGAAGAAGCUCUGGCCAGCAACAGUUGCUGCUGACAACGGAUGUUGUAAUGAUGAAAAAUGUGGAGUUCGCGAUUCAUUCUCAGCGGAGGUCAAAACACUUGGCUCAAUACGUCACAAGAACAUUGUUCGGUUCUUGGGUUGUUGCUGGAAUAAGAACACAAGAUUGCUCAUGUACGAUUACAUGCCUAAUGGAAGCUUGGGAAGUAUUCUACAUGAGAGGACAGGGCAUGCCUUUGAAUGGGAAGUUCGGUACCAAAUUUUGUUGGGUGCAGCUCAAGGCAUUGCCUAUUUGCACCAUGAUUGUGUUCCUCCAAUUGUUCACAGGGAUAUCAAGGCCAAUAACAUCCUCAUUGGCCUUGAGUUUGAGCCUUACAUUGCUGAUUUUGGCCUAGCCAAACUCGUUGAUGAUGGCGAUUUCGCUCAGUCCUCCAACACAGUUGCUGGUUCCUAUGGCUAUAUUGCUCCUGAAUAUGGAUACAUGAUGAAGAUCACAGAGAAGAGCGAUGUUUAUAGCUAUGGAGUUGUUGUAUUGGAAGUCUUGACAGGGAAACAACCGAUAGAUCCAACAAUACCAGAAGGGCAACAUGUAGUGGAUUGGGUAAGACAGAAGAGGGGAAGCAUUGAAGUCCUCGACCCAAGCCUCAUAUCGAGACCCGAAUCGGAGAUAGAGGAAAUGAUGCAGGCAUUAGGCAUAGCCUUGUUGUGUGUAAACUCAACCCCUGAUGAAAGACCAACCAUGAAAGAUGUGGCAGCAAUGCUAAAGGAAGUCAAACAUGAGAGGGAGGAGUAUGCCAAGGUUGAUAUGCUCCUCAAAGGUUCGCCCGCGAAUGAUGCUCGCGAAAAUAAGAACCCUAAUGGAGUUUUGGCAACCUCAUCAUCGGCAGCAAUGAAAAGCUUGUUUGCAAAAAGCAACAACACAAUGUUUUCUGCAUCCACAUUGCUUUACUCAUCAUCCUUCUCUAGUGCCAAUAAAAUGGGGUUCAAGUGAUUAGUUAAUUAUAUGAUACACAGCUAAAAGAUUGUGAUUUUUUGUUUAGUUUCUUCAGUUUCAGAACUCCAUUGUGUCAUUGAUGUAUAGAAGAAAGGUUUGACAUUUGUUAUAACCAAGUGCAGAGCAUCAAAUAAAGCCAACAGUUGUAGGCUUCGAUUUUAAGUAAUUUU